AUGGCCUCAAACAAGAUUUCGUCUCCUGUCAGGCCAGCAAAGGAAACCCAGGCUACUUCGAAGAAGAAGAUGCAUGACUUCGAUGUGACCGGUGAUGCGCAGCCUUUUCCCGUCGACCAAGAACUUCGAGUACCUUCAGUUACUCCUGUUUCUCAGGACCAGCUCUCAUACAGCCCCGACUUGGCGCAGCUAGACCGGAUCCUGUCACAACUUCAAGGCCAUGAAUGUGCUUCGCCUGAGACGUUUGCGGCAGUGAAGACAGUGAAUAAGAACCAGGGUGAAGGCUUCCAGCCGGCACAAGCACGUGAUAGUGACCUUGUAUUCUUCAUUUCGAAGGAAGAUCUUUAUUCGUUCCAGAAGUGGGCUUUGGCAGUCUAG